CAAUUCGACAAAUGUCAUGCUUGUCAAUUGAAAACGAAGAACGAAAAGUAUCUCGCGUUGUUUGCUUGUAAUGCAAAUUUGAUCCGUAUUUCCACAUAAUUUCUCUCAUUUGUCCGUCGAAUAAAAGGAUUAUCAGUGUUCUUAAUUAAAAAGUUAAGUACUUUGCAAUUUGGUCAUAAAUCACUGAUGUGCUCUUUUAAGUGAUGUGAAUUGUUCUUUGGUGAGCAAGCAAUCCGCCUUGGACCAUGAAAUCUAGUAAGCGAAGACUUCAGGCCCUCACGGAGGGUUCUGACGGGCUGCCUAAUUACCUGAAGAUGGAAGAUUCGGAAACAUCAAUUCCUCCUGUAUUUAGAUCUCGAUUACACGAGUUGUUUUCGCAAAUAGAAAAAGAGUUUGACCUUCUGUACACUGAAAACCUGAACCUUCAAGAAAAAAUUGAUAUGCUGAGUGAGAAGUUGGAACGAGAGAGCUAUGUUGGAGACAAACAGAAUUUGGACUACAUUGAGUUUGAUGUAACCGGGAAAAACUCUAAAGUGAAAUUAACCCAGAGCAACUCCCAGAAAGUGAAAGCAAGUCACAAACUAAGAGUUCAGACGAGUAAGAUAGUAUCCAGCUUCAAGGCUCCUACGUACAGCUGUCAGUUGGUGAGGGAGUUCACCGGGCACAAAGACGGCAUCUGGGAUGUUUCUUCAGCACGUCCGGGACAAGCGCUCAUUGGCACUGCAUCGGCAGACCACACAGCGUGCGUAUGGAGCGUGGAGUGGGGUAAAUGUCUUCUGCAGUAUACGGGACACUCUGGUUCGGUCAACUCUAUCCGGUUCCACCCGAGCAGGGACAUAGCACUCACUAGCAGUGGCGACAACACUGCGCAUGUCUGGCAGGCUGCCGUCAACUGGGACUUACCGCGUGGCCAAUCGUCGGAGGAGGAAUUAGAAGGUGGAGGUGAGGAGAGCCUAGGUGAAGGUGGGGACAGGCCAGAAGUGCUGCGUACUCCACUGACUGAGCUGGGCGGGCACCAAGGCGUGGUGGUGGCCGCUGAUUGGCUGACUGGCGGCGAUCACGUCAUCACCGCAUCUUGGGAUAGGACAGCUAACUUGUAUGACGUGGAAACUGGGGACUGUUUGCAAGUUCUAACAGGUCACGACCACGAGCUUACACAUGCGUCAGCGCAUCACGCGUCGCGGCUCGUGGUGACGGCGUCGCGAGACACCACGUUCCGACUGUGGGACUUCCGCGAGCCCAUACACUCCGUGUCAGUCUUCCAGGGACACACCGAGAGUGUCACAUCAGCGGUGUUCACACGAGAAGACAAAGUUGUGUCCGGAUCAGACGAUCGUUCCGUAAAGGUAUGGGACGUCCGCAACAUGCGGUCAGCUCUCGCCACCAUCAGGUCGGACUCUUCAGUGAACCGCGUGGGGGUGAGCGGCAACGGCCUCAUCGCGAUACCCCACGACAACAGACAGGUGCGGCUGUUCGACCUGCAGGGACAAAGGCUUGCUAGGCUGCCACGGUCCAGUCGACAGGGCCACCGUCGCAUGGUGACAUCAGUCGCCUGGGCCGACGACAUAUCAUCUAACAUAAACUUCUUCAGCUGUGGUUUCGACAGACGUAUCUUAGGCUGGUCUAUUCAGCCCUCCAAGGAGAACUAAGCACUAAGACUUUACAGGUACAUGCCCCUUCAUUGUUCACUCAUGUAACACCCUGUGUACCCCUUACAAUCAACGUCAUACACACAACAUUGGACUUUAUCGCCUUUCACAUAAAGGACAAAAUUGCGUGUAUGAUUGAUUACCUUGUCAAAAUAGUCAUGUGAUUUUCUUGUGACCGUUUAUAUUUGCUGUAAGACUAAAAUUUUGUUGCUAUGGAAAUUGUGGAUAUGCUUCGUUAUAGCUAGUGUAAAGAAUUGAGGUAGGAAAAUUGUGUAUUGUUAUUUAUCCAGCAUUUAUUUAAUCUGCCUGUAAAGCAUAUUUAAAAAAACAUUUGUGUGGUAUCAAUAAAGCUAUAUUUUUUAAUUCCUUUAAAACAUUGUAUGUAGCAGUAUAACAAACUGUAAAGGAUCAUAGAGUAACUCUGGUUGUCCGAUAUUCAACCUUAAAGUGUUUGAAAUAAGGUUCAACAAAAAAAUAUGUUUGUCUGCACUACUUAGUAUUUCCUGUACAUUAUCACGAAAUCAUUUAUUUCCCUAUAAUGCAUUAUAAUUAAUGUUUUGCCACUGUCCAUGUUUUCAAGUAGAAUGUAAAUAUCGUUAUAUGUAUCCUCUUUUAUUUGUAAAGGUGUAUUAGUAGCAAAACUAUAUUACGAAAAAAAAAUGCUGUAUAUGAAUGGUUUGCCUACGCAAACAAAUCCUUGUCGGUACCGAAUUUAAUUGAAAUUCAAAAGGGCUGUAGGAGUGUUUGUAUACAUGUCCAAGCUUAAAAGUUAAAACCUCUUGGUCCGCCAGUUGAGGUUUCCUUCAUUUCUUAGAAUAUUUAUUUUAAAGUGAAAAACGCUGCAUUAAAAGCACACAUUAGUUGAUAAGUUCCUUAAUUUGCUUAUGCCCUGAAAUGCAAAGGUGGGUGCACCAUUUGAUUAUAAUGAUGAACAAUCCAUUAUCUUCCGUGAAAUUGCCGCCCAUUGGUCAAAUCGGGAAUUACACUAAACUGAAAAAUCAAAUGUCGAAUUUCCGAACUGAAACAACUACCAAGCCUGUCAUCGUUAUAGUUAAUUGGUGCUACUUACCAUAAGUUGGUUGCAUAUUUAACACGAAAAGAACUGUUGGAGAUUCUAUAUAUUUCUAUGAUUUGACUCCGUUUUAUUAUUUCGUGUUCUGGAUGGGCCAAGCUAGUUUCACAUUGAAGGACAAAAGCACAAAAGAGGUAUUCAUAUUUAUAUGUAUGAUAAAAUUGAAAUUAAAAUACUAUAUUGUUGGUUUUGAGUAGUUUUAAUAUUAUGUAAUGUCAAGUACUGUGUUAGAGUUUACGUUCGUCCAGUAAAUAUAAUAAAAAAUACAAGGGUUGUUGGUGUCUAUGGUAUAGCUAUUAUUAACGGGCUAUAAGGAAUGUGUUUUUUUAAUCUUAGACUUAACCCUUUGUAUACUGUAGCGCAGAUAUACGCGAGAAUUAAUGUUCUAUUGUUUUCUAAUUACCGACACACGAGCGGUUAAAAUAAUGGUGGAGUUGUUAAAAUUACAUAACUCUGAGUAAACCCAGAUUUACAAUUUCAUUUAUGCAACGAGAUAUAAUUAUGUAUUUCUUUACAACUUAUUAAGAGUAUGUUAAGGAUAGUAAUUCAUUCUGAUUUUAUUGUGGCUUUCAAAACACAAUUAUCAUAUCUUAGUAAAACAACUUCGAUUAAUGUCGUAUAAAAAUGUUUGCUAAACGAACAAAAACUACAGAAUGUUCGUAUUUUUCUUCACGAAAAAAAUCGGUAUUUAAAAUACUUUCAAAGAGACAGCUGGAGUUUUUUUUUAAAUUUUAUCUACUUACCUACCUCUAAAUGCACAUCAGUUACUCUUUUCUUUUUAAAAUAAUAUUUGUGUAAGACGUAAUGCUACAUAUCUUUAGUGUAUACUGUGCGAACGUCUUUGAACUGUCCACUAGUCAAGUAAUAACAAUAUCACAAAUUGUACCAAAGAUGGCCUUUCACAGAAUAAAAACACUGUACCGUUGUGGCUGGUAAAUUUUACUAUAUUGUUGACCCAUGAAACAUCAUUAAAAAAAAUUGGCUAUAUCAAAAAACUUUAAACCAAUCAUUAAACAUAUCAUGGAAAAGUUAUUUCUUUUAAGUUCUCGCUUUAUAGGUGUAAUUUCAACUAAAUAAAUAUUGUAUUAGUAUUUUGUGUAAGCAACAUAUGAUUUGAUGUUAUUACUACAGCAACCAAUUUGCCACAGAAAAAUACUGUAACAGAUUCAUGAAAUAACCGCUAAAUAUCAUUAGAAUAUAAACACCUAAUCGCUUCAUAAAAAAGUAGAAACUUGUUUACUCUAGUUUCAUGCGUAGCGGGAACUGGAACACGACAAUACCAUUUAUGUAUAAUUAAAUGACUUAAAUUACUUGAAACAAAGGAUUGUAAUCAAUAUAUCUAUUUAAGUAUCAAAUGGCCCAAAUUGUAAAUAGAAAAAAGUACCUAACAUAUAACUUAUUUUUCCAGUUUGAAUGACUAGAACUUAUUUGGUGUAGGCGUAUUCAUACCUACAGAUAGCGCGCGAGUUGAAUGCAGAGCUUAGGAAUGCGGUAUGAUAGUUGACAAGGAUGGCACAGCACUACACUGCAGGCGCGUGAGGUGGGGCGUGCGGAUGGCGGGGAGAGAUGCUCCCGCUCUUUACCUCAGACCCCGACUGCAUUCAACUCGCGCGCUAUCUGUACUAUAUGUAUAAUUUUGUGAUUGUGCCAAAAUCCUUUUUUCAGACCCUGAAGGGAUAGGCCAUAAUCUUAAAAAAAAGAAUAUCCAGAUGGACAAUAUUCUAGAUGGAGUCUCAAAUGUGUCCAUGAAUUGAUUCAAUAAAUAAAUAAAGCGUUGUAAAAAUUAAUAUAGUUUUCGCCACACUCAAUGGCUGCUACUAAAUUCCGAGCAUAUCCCGCGCAUGUGGUUUAUGCAUGUGAUAUACGCUUUCUGCGCAGCGAGGCGCGCUUUUUUCCGAACAGUCAUUAGGUUUGGCGAAAAUUUUCACCAUACCUUAGACAAGGUCGGCUUUAUUUGUAUUUUAGAACACUGACUCAUAUGUUCAUGUAACUGUUUACAAAAGUCAUUUUGUAGCUUCUUCUAGUCUCAUAGCGCACUUCGUUUAUCGCUACUUACUUCGUUACAUAUUUCAUGUCUAGGGUCCGUUCACAUAGACCGGCUCGGAGAGGAGAGCAAAUUCUUAACACGUCGAAAACUGAGUUCUUAGUAUUUGUAGUAAGGUUUAUUUUUGCAUGUGCACUGCUUUUGUCAAUAAGAAUGCUUGAAGGCGCUUAGUGUGAAAUAAUAAGAGGAGCUGACCGGUUCCGAUCGAGUACUUCUUGACGUUUGGUUCCGAUUGCAUGCCCUUUAAUGCUCGCGCAGCCGAUCGGCUCCGGUCGGUGUGAAAAGAAAAAUGCGCCGAUGC